AUGGCCAGCAGCGCAGAUCUCUUCCCAGAAGUGCUCUGGGCGCAACGAGCCAACGAAAUCUACAUCACCAUAAAUCUCGCUGAUGUCACAGACCCAAACAUCAAACUGACUCCUGAAGCUCUCCACUUUGACGGAAUCUCACACAACCAGCGUUACAAGGUCGACUUGGAGUUUUUCAAGGAUGUGGAUCCAGAGACAUCGAAACGCAACAUCACAGCCCGCAGCCUCGUAUUCGUCAUAACAAAAAAGGAGCAAGACGUUGAAUGGUGGCCUCGAUUGUUAAAGAAAUCUGGCAAGACCCCUCACUACAUCAAGACUGAUUUCUCGAAAUGGAGAGAUGAGGAUGAUGAAGAGGCUGAAGGAGGUGCUGGUGGAGAAGGUGGAAAUCCUUUUGAUAUGGACUUUUCACAGUUCUCGAAUAUGGGAAUGGGUGGUGGUGGAAUGGGCGGUAUGCCAGGUAUGGGCGGAAUGGGAGGAAUGAUGGGAGGAAUGCCAGGAAUGGGAGGCAUGGACAUGAGUGGAAUGGAUAUGGGUGGUGACGACUCAGAUGAUGAUGAACUACCUAAAGGUGGCGAAGAUCUUGAAGAUGAUCUUCCAGUAUUGGAACCUGCUACCGCUGCUUCCAAGGGCAAGAGCUCUCUUGAUGACGUCGAAUAG